AUGACCGAAGAAGUCUUUUGCGAGGCGGAUAUCGCACCAGGGCCCCUGGUGGUGACUGCCCAGCGCGUGUCGGUGGCCGACCCAACAGUGCCCUACUCGUACGAGGAGAUGGUCAUCCUCGGAGGGAGGCCGAAGCAGUUCAGCAGCAAUCUCUUCAGCAUCGCGCUCACGUUUUCGCCCACGGUCUGGAUGCUGAUCGUCGCCAGCCUUCUGGCGUGUGGUUUGCUCCACUACGUCAUCGAAAUAGCCUUGGGAGCGGGCAAAGAGAAAUCUCGUGGUCCGGGAUACUUCAUUUGGCAUUUCGUCGCCAGCGUUCUUUCAGAGACCGUGUCCUGUUGGAGCAAGCCGAACCCCGUCAGCCAGCGUCUGGUCACGGGCUUUUGGCUGAUAAGCGUCAUCUUGGUGACCACUUUCUUUACGGCGUUUAUGAAAGCCAGCCUCCUGGUCAAGCAAGAUGUCGAACGAAUCUGGGAUAUAGAGGAUCUGGCACGGGAGGAGAAGAUACGACCGGUGUUGCUGCGCGGGUCUGGAUUCUAUCAGGCCAUGAAGUUCACGCGCGUGGAGUCGUUCCAGAAGGUCUACCGGCGUCUGGUGGAGCAAGGCGGUGCGCUGCCGGCCGCACAGCUGUUCAGCUUCUCGACGCUGCAAGACAUCCAGGCCGAGCGUGCAGCCAUGCUCUUCACGCGUGUGGCCAUCAAUCGGCGGCUGCACCGCUACUGCCCGAUGCUGCACGGCGAGUUCUACUACGCCCGGCAGCCGGUCACCCAGGUGCCCAUGGCCAUGUUCGUGCGCAAGGGACUGCCCAGGGCCGUACGACGUACGCUGGACGCCAAGCUAGGCCAGAUGCGUGAGGGUGGACUGCUGGACAAGUGGUUGGCCGAGAUCUCCGCUCCGGGUUGCGAGUCCGUUGUGCCGCAGGCGUCGCCAUCUCCGGAGUCUGACGAGGGAGAGGCAUCCGCUAGCCUUGAACACUCCCUGGCCACGUUUCUGUUGCUUGGCCUUGGGCUAGGCCUCGCCGUCAUAGUGCUACUCCUCGAGAACCUCGCUCACUUCCUCGCUACGAGAAAGCCGCACGCGGAGAGGACGCGGCGACGCUGGAUAAAUGCUGCCCCGCGCUAG